UGAGAUGGGAUCUUAGAAGGAUAAUAAAGUAAAAAAAAAAGCAUCUAUAGCAUUUCUCUCUCUUAUAAAACCCUAAAUCUUACUCUCUUUGCUUCUUUCAUUCACUUUCUUCCUCCUCUCACUGCGGCUAGGGUUUUGGCGAAGCUUAUUCUAUCUGCUUCACAAAUUUAAUCAUGGGAAAGGAAAAGAUUCAUAUCAGUUUGGUCGUCAUUGGCCAUGUCGAUUCCGGAAAGUCGACCACUACUGGUCACUUGAUCUACAAGCUUGGUGGUAUUGACAAGCGUGUGAUCGAGAGAUUUGAAAAGGAAGCUGCUGAGAUGAACAAGAGGUCCUUCAAGUACGCCUGGGUGCUCGACAAACUUAAAGCAGAGCGUGAGCGUGGUAUUACUAUUGAUAUUGCUUUGUGGAAGUUUGAGACCAACAAGUACUACUGCACAGUCAUUGAUGCCCCCGGACAUCGUGACUUUAUCAAGAACAUGAUUACUGGUACCUCCCAGGCUGAUUGUGCUAUCCUCAUUAUUGACUCCACCACUGGUGGUUUUGAGGCUGGUAUCUCCAAGGAUGGUCAGACCCGUGAGCACGCACUUCUUGCCUUUACUCUUGGUGUCAAGCAAAUGAUUUGCUGCUGUAACAAGAUGGAUGCCACCACCCCCAAGUACUCAAAGGCUAGGUACGAGGAAAUCGUGAAGGAAGUCUCUUCAUACCUGAAGAAGGUUGGUUACAACCCAGACAAAAUCCCAUUCGUUCCCAUUUCUGGGUUUGAGGGUGAUAACAUGAUUGAGAGGUCCACCAACCUUGACUGGUACAAGGGACCAACUCUUCUUGAGGCCCUUGACUUGAUCAAUGAGCCAAAGAGGCCCUCAGACAAGCCCCUUCGUCUCCCACUCCAGGAUGUGUACAAGAUUGGAGGUAUUGGAACAGUGCCCGUUGGACGUGUUGAGACCGGUGUCUUGAAGCCUGGUAUGCUUGUUACUUUUGGUCCUACUGGAUUGACCACUGAAGUUAAGUCAGUGGAGAUGCACCACGAAUCUCUUCCAGAAGCUCUCCCUGGUGACAAUGUUGGCUUCAACGUCAAGAAUGUUGCCGUCAAGGAUCUCAAGCGUGGUUUCGUUGCUUCUGACUCCAAGAAUGACCCUGCCAAGGAGGCAGCCAAUUUCACUGCUCAGGUGAUCAUCAUGAACCACCCUGGACAGAUUGGAAAUGGUUACGCCCCAGUGCUCGAUUGCCACACCUCCCACAUUGCUGUCAAGUUUGCUGAGCUUGUGACCAAGAUUGACAGACGUUCAGGUAAGGAGAUUGAGAAGGAGCCCAAGUUCUUGAAGAAUGGUGAUGCUGGUAUGGUUAAGAUGAUUCCCACCAAGCCUAUGGUGGUGGAGACUUUCUCAGAGUACCCACCCCUUGGUCGUUUCGCUGUCAGAGACAUGAGGCAGACUGUCGCUGUUGGUGUCAUCAAGAACGUCGAGAAGAAGGAUCCAACCGGUGCCAAGGUUACCAAGGCUGCCCUCAAGAAGAAAUGAGUUGUUUCAAUCGUCUAAAUUGAAUGUUCUGUUAUUGUGGUUAGGUUUAUGUGAGUCAUGGUUUAGGCUUUUAGAACGAAGAUUUAUGAAUUAUGAGUACUGUUUUGUAUCUUUAAUCUUUCUGAGUUCUUAUUUUGUGAGCAGCUCGGGAUUUAUUUAAAAACUUCUGUCUGCUUUCAGUUUGAGUCUGGACAAUAUUUAUACUUCUGUUUUGUUUUAAACGCAACAGUUGCCAAAACUUCUCUGAGUUCUUAUUUUGUAAGCAGCUCGGGAUUUAUUCAAAAACUUCUGUCCCUUUGCUUUCA